AUGUACGCACAUGCUGCAAUAUGGUUUCAGCACAUCCCGAGCGAAUUCUGGCAGUCGAUCAAGCUCGAGGACAAGCCGAUCAUGACUGUAAGAGAUCCACAUGGAAGGUCGUGGCCGAUGAAGCUCAAAUUCGAAAAAAUUAAUGGGUGUAAACGGAUUAGAAUUUGUUCUGGGUGGUACGAAUUUUAUGCAUCAAAUGGUCUCAAGGAAGGAGAUGUUUGUCUUUUCGAGCUUGUUCGCCUGUCUCUCGAGUCCAUGGCUGUCGUGAUGAACGCUCGGUUUUCUCGUGCACACGCUCACGCGUAA